CCACACCCCCUAAACUUUCCCCUUUAGAGGUAUUUGCUUCAUUCAUUCACUCUUUCUUUCCCUCACACACCCUCUUUCGUCUCUCUUGGAUUCUCACACUCCAAGUCCUGGGACAGUCCACAACAGAGGUGUGUAAAGCUCUAACUGGUUCUUGGAUUGGAUUACCUGACAGAUCUCCAGUGGUUUAAACAGGAUUGCAUUUAGAGGAGGAUCAUGGUGCAGGAUACAGUGGGAGAGAUAAAAGGGAGAGUGCGAAGCAGCUAAAUAAAGCAGGGAACAAGCCCGUCUCAGGACAUCAGUCCAAAGAAGAGGAUCUGCUGGCAGAGAGAUAAGAGGGAGGAGGACAGGGAACCACAGAAAAGAGAGAGAGAAUGGGAUAUUGCGGCAUAUGGAUCUUUCUCUUGUUCCUGUCUCUCUGCUAUCAAAGCAGCACUGCAGAGGCUGAAGUAUGUCGUACAGCCAUGCCUGCUGAUAUCGUGUUUCUGGUGGAUGACUCCUGGUCAGUUGGACCGACCAGUUUCCAGCAAAUCAAAGAGUUCAUAGCGGACAUCAUCAGAGCCUUCCAGGGAAAUGUGUUCGGACAGGAAGGCGUUCGCUUUGGGGUGACUGUCUAUUCAGACUUGCCCAGGAUGCGUAUCGCUCUGACGGAUUAUUCCACUCUGGAUGAGGUGCUGCGGGCCGUGGAGGACGUGCCGUAUGAGGGGGGCAGCAGCCGCACUGGCCUGGCAUUGGAGUUCCUGGAGGAGUCUGUGUUCAGUCCUUCUAUUAUCAGAGAAAACGCCCCAAAGAUUGCUGUCCUGAUCACUAAUGGUCAAUCUGAUGAUCAAGUGGACGAUCCAGCCAAAGCUGUAGCAGACAGUGGGAUUUCACUCUUUGCUGUUGGGGUGAGGAAUGCCGAUCAGUCUGAGCUGAAGAAGAUCGUCACAGAGCCUCAUGAGGAACAUCUGAUGCUCAGUCCAGACUUUUCCUUCCUGGAGCAUCUGCUGCCCAAACUCUCUCGCCGCAUCUGUUUCACUGCGUCAGAACCACCCCGACCUGUUAAACAAAAGCCACCAGUGGUGGAAAAGAUAGUCGGACCUAAAGAUCUGCAAGUGAGUGAGCUGAGCUACAGCUCUCUGCAGCUGACCUGGAGUCAGGCCACAGGAGACGUUACCGGCUACAGGCUGCUCAUCACCCCUGUGUCUCCAAAGGGCCAUCUGCUCCCAGCACAGCAGACACAGAUUGAUCUAAAGGGAGAUAUCAGCAGUACUCCAGUAACCGGGUUGAGUCCGAAGACUGAAUAUUCUCUCAGCGUGUACGCCAUCUAUCCUGGACGCAUUGGAGAGUCUGCUACUGUUGCUACAGUAACCACUGCUCUCCCGGCCGUUGCCAACUUCCGUGUGAUUGAAGAAGGACUAUUCUCUUUGCGCCUGGGAUGGACGCCUCCACUUGGAAAAGUGGAAGGAUAUAAAAUUUAUGUUCCAAGAACCGACAGACCCGGACUCAUUUAUGAGCAGAUGUUGUCAGGCGACACUUCCUCUCAUGUGAUCGACACUUUAGAAGAGGAUAAAGAGUACACCGUCAGCAUCUACUCCAUCUACCCAGAAGGCCACAGCGAGCCUGUAUCUAUCACUGGGAAAACUUUGAAAUUGGUACCAGUUGGUGACUUGCUGGUGCAGAACGCCACUACAGACACAGUUCAGGCCCGCUGGUCAUCUGUCAGAGGUGCUACAGGAUACAGACUCACCUGGUCAUCCUCAGAGGGUCACAUAGAAAAUGUGAACCUAGGAGACAACUUUAAUUUCUACAUGGUGCAGGGGCUUCAUGCUGGCACUGAAUACACCGUUACUAUUAACCCUAUAUUUGUGGACAUUGAAGGGCCUGUGACCUCUGCCAAAGCCAAAACAUUGGAGAGCAGCGCGGUUCAGACUCUGCGAGCGUCAGCUGUGAGCACCAGCAGCGCCGUCACCUCUUGGAACUCAGUACCCGGAGCCACAGGAUACAGACUGGCCUGGGGCCCGACAGCAGAGUUCACAGGCAGAGAUCGGCCCAGGCAGCUGGCUCUGAAUGGCAGCACUACUGAAUAUAUUCUGAAGAAUCUGGUUCACGACACAGAGUAUGUGCUUUCUCUGUAUGUGCUCUUUGGGUCAGUGGUCGGUCCGGGCAUCACUGCUACAUUCAGGACCUCGCCUCUCGGAUACGUCUCCAAUUUUAAAGUGACAUCAUACACCAGCUCAUCCAUUCAUGUGGAAUGGAGUCCUAUUGUAGGAGCCACCGAAUACAAACUCACCUGGAGUUCAGAAUUCAUUCGUCCUCAGAGCCGUUAUCUGGACCGUAGCGUUUUGCAGCACAGCAUCACCGGUCUUCAGCCAAACACACUUUAUUCUGUCAGUAUUCACGCUCUCUACAGCAACACGGAAGGGCCAGAAAUCACCCUCUCGCAGCCGACAGCCUCUUUGACCGACUCCGAGCUGAUCGAGACAGUUCGCGAGGUGAAAGUUGUGGACACUGGCGUCAGCUCUUUCAAACUGGCAUGGAAGAAAACACCAGGCGUCACUGGCUACAAAAUCACCUGGAGCCCCUUCCACGGUGGAGAGAAGAAAAGUGAGGUCAUAUCUUCUUUUGCCACAUCUUUCACCAUCACUGAUCUGCCAGCCAGUUCUGCCUACAAGAUCCAGCUUUCUGCAAUGGUCAGAAGCAAAGAGGGAAGUCCAGUAAUGGUGACCGCUCGCACUUUGGAUCUGCCCAAAGUGACUGGAUUCAGUGCUCUGAACACCACAGACAACAGCACUGUGUUAAACUGGACGAGUGUGACUGGAGUCUCGGGAUAUCUGCUGUCCUGGAGACAUAUAUCUGAGGUGGAUGUCUCCACUGAUCUGCUGAGCUCUGCCUUCACCUCGUAUAAGAUCCGAGAUCUCCAGUAUGGCAGAACCUACAUCUUUUCCAUCAGACCACUGUAUGGGGAGGUGGAGGGUCCGGUCACAACCAUCACCAAAAGAAUCUUGGGAGAGCCUCGUCUUGUUCCUGUCCAGAGUUCCACACCGGCUCCUGUCUCUGCAAACACCAAAGAAAACAUUCAUCUCCAAACCACAACCAGAAACACUCGCACCCCAGUGGUCAAAGCCCCUGUUACAGCCUCUGUCACUGGCCAAAUGGCUUCAGCACUGACCAGAAUGACCACAGUCAAUGACCAAAGUAUUCUGUCUGCUGAGACACCUCCACCUGGACCAGUGUGUGGCAGGGUGAAGGCAGAUAUUGUAUUUCUGGUGGAUGAAUCCUGGAGCAUUGGUACUAAUAACUUUGGAAAGCUGAAGGAUUUCCUAUUCAGAACGGUCACCUACUUCCCCUCUAUAGGACCUAAGGGAACGCAGAUAGCAGUUGUUCACUACAGUGAUCAACCCAGGAUCGAGUUCAACUUCAACACUCAUAAAGACCGUAACUCCGUCUUGAGAGCCCUCCGAGAAGUCCGCUAUGGAGGAGGAAACACAAAAACAGGUCGUGGGAUCAGUUAUGUCCUCAGGGAGAUGUUUCAGGAGUCUUUGGGAAUGAGACAGGAAGCUCCUCAUGUGUUGGUGCUGUUGACGGAUGGAAGAGCACAGGAUGAUGUGGAGCCGCCGUCCAGGAUAGCGCACGCUCUGGGAGUAAGUGUGUUGGUCAUUGGCAUCGCUCACGCAGACAUGGAAGAGGUGAGGACAAUCGCGUCUCCCACCACAUACAAGAACAUCUUCUACGCCAGUGAUUUUGAUGACCUCCCAUCCAUUGAGAGAGAGUUCAUCGGUAGCAUUUGCAGCGAAGCCCUACAGUCAGAAUUCAAACAACACGACGAGUCAGCUCAACUGGACACACCUACAGAAGACCCAGAAGCUCUUGCUAAACCAGAAGGGCCUUGUCCACUUAGCUGCAAGGGUCAGAAAGGAGAAAAGGGCGAUGGGUUUGGUCAUGGAGGCCUGCGGCUCCAGCAAGGCCCGGGGCAUUUUGACUCAUUCUCUCUAAAGGUUAAAGGAGAAAAGGGUGAGCGGGGUCUUCCCGGGACUGAUGGUAUUCCAGGUUUACCAGGACGGCCGGGGAGAACCGGACCACCUGGUUCUCCUGGACAAAGGGGGUCUUCUGGAAUUCCUGGAGACAUGGGGCCUCCUGGUAAUACUGGACCUAAAGGACAGAGAGGAGAGAGAGGUGAGCCAGGCUAUGUGAUGGGAGGUAUGGAGGUUCUUCCAGGCCGUAAAGGAGAACCUGGAUCCUCAGGCCCUUCAGGUGCUCCAGGGGUACCAGGGGUAUCUGGUCCUCCAGGACUACCUGGUCUUCCUGGGCCUUCAGGGUCUCCAGGACUCUCUGUUAAGGGUGAGUCUGGAGAAUCUGGUCCUAAAGGUCCACGUGGAAAACCAGGUCCAAAAGGAGAAAAAGGAGAGCAGGGGAAUAAUGGUUUGCCAGGUUUACCAGGACCAGUGGGAGUGGAUGGACUUCCAGGACUUGCUGGCCCAAAGGGAGAAAAGGGACAGGACGGUAUUGGAACACAAGGCGCUCAAGGUCCUCCUGGACCAGCUGGAGAAAAGGGAAAUACUGGACUCUCAGGCUCAAAGGGUGAAGUAGGAAUCCAAGGACUCCAGGGAAUCGCAGGCCCUCGGGGGAAAAAGGGUCUUAAAGGAGAACAAGGAGAGAAGGGUGCACAGGGGGAAACUGGGCCACUUGGGUCUCCAGGAAUAGCAGGCUUCCCUGGAGCUGCUGGACGAAAGGGUGAUGAGGGGCAGCGUGGCGCUCCCGGCGAGCCAGCUAAAGGGAUACUUGGUCCUCCAGGGAAAAAAGGUUCCAGGGGGGAUAUCGGGCAAGUUGGACCACCAGGGCCACAAGGAAUCAAAGGAGAUCAAGGUGAUAAAGGUGAAAAGGGCAAUCCGGGAUUUGGAAUCCCCGGUCAGCCUGGUCCCAAAGGAGAAAGUGGAGAAAGAGGCAAUGUUGGAUUAUCAGGGAAACCAGGGCCUAAAGGCAAUGAUGGGUCCAAAGGAGACAAAGGAGAAAUAGGUUUACCAGGCACCUCAGGUUCUCCAGGACUAAGAGGUAAAGAUGGUGUGCCAGGUCCAAAAGGGGACACAGGAUCAAGGGGAGAACCUGGUUCUCCAGGAGAGCCUGGAGAUAGGGGUAUUAAGGGACCCCUCGGUCUUCCAGGUCGGCCCGGUGACCCCGGAGACAAAGGCGAGCCUGGGAAAUUAGGCUUACCAGGUCCAGAGGGACACAAAGGAUUGAAAGGCGAGCCGGGAUUGCCAGGACCACCGGGGGUUACUCAAUUUACCACAUCAGACAGCACCAUUCUCACCAGGGCCAUUAAGGGUGAACCUGGUGUGUCUGGGCUCCCAGGACCACCAGGAGAGAUGGGACGUCCUGGACAACCUGGUCCUGAAGGUAAACCAGGACCUCCAGGAAAUUCACUGUUUGGAUCAAAUACAGGAAAAGACGGUCUGGAUGGUCUGCCAGGAAUGCCUGGAUCUAAGGGUGAAGCGGGACAGAAAGGUGAACCAGGAUCAAAAGGAGAGAAAGGAGAUCAUGGACGUGCUGGGGUUACUGGUAUGCCUGGUUUACCUGGGACACCUGGUAAACCUGGCGUUGAUGGGAAGCGUGGAGUUGCUGGAAAAGAUGGAGAACGAGGACCAAAGGGUGAUGAAGGAGGAAAGGGUGUGAAAGGUGAACCUGGCACAAAUGGAAAUGAAGGUCAAAAAGGAGAGCAAGGAUCGCCAGGAUUGCCAGGUCCUCCUAUUGUCCUCCAGGAGGGUAUGUCGAUCGAGGACAUGAAAAAGGCAUUUCCCUUACCGAUGGGACCGCCUGGUGCGACGGGCCCUCCUGGGAUGAAGGGAGAGAAAGGAGAGAUGGGUUUGAAAGGAGAAAAGGGUGAUGCUGGCGCACCUGGGAGAGCGGUUGAAAUGAAGGACAUUGAAGGCUUGUUCGAUUCGUAUGGCAUUAAACUCUCUUUGCUGAAGGCCUUGAUUGACAGGCUGCUUCAGGACGGAAUGGAGGAGCUUCUUCACGAGAUCAGCACCAGCAGAAGAGUGAAAGGAGACAGAAGUGAUCCCAACUCCAACAUCAUCACUGAAUACACCAGCUCAGUAAAGUACAGUCAUCCACAAGAGCCAUUACCUGAUACAGACUUGAUUGAAGAAGAGUCUGAUCUUGAAGAAGGACAGAUGCCUGAACCCAGUCCUGAGACUGUGGUUGAACCAGAAGUGCUUCCUACUGUUUGGACUAUCUCUACUGUUAACAAAAAUGAUGAUCUGAGUAAAACCAAGGACAUGCUGGUAGAUGUAGAAGAAAAGAAACUAGUAGACACCAACUUCAGCGAUGUAACGUCUUUAAAGUUCCUUCAAAUCAACAACUCGUCUGAAAGGCUGGGUUCUGGAAAGAUCGAGGUAAGUAUGGAGACAGCUUUCCACAGCCAUGAGGACACGGGGAAGAAAACAUCUGGAGAGAAGAAGAAAGGCAGAGACAAGGGAAAGGGCAAAGGAAAUAAAGGACGUCACAAACGACAAAGGAAACGUUUGGAGGGUCAAGACAACAUGGAAGAGGAGCUUCAGGAAGCAUCAUAUGACGAUGAGGAAUACAGUCUUGAAUAUGAGGACGAGCUGCCCACAGAAGAGCCUUUUCCCUCACGAGAGGAAGAUGGUGGAGGGGAACAGCUAAAAUACUCUGCAACGACAGCUUUAUAUACAGAAGAAAUUGAGGGUGAGACGGAAACAUAUAAGAUUACACAGUCUCCAGAAGAGGUUACACUGAUGCCUCACACAACAACAGAGAGUCCUCUGGUUUUAUCAAGCAUCACAGAGCAGAAGCCACCUGAAACCACGUUAUUAUUGAUGCUAAAUAAAACAGAAACUGGAGAGGAGGGGAACUUCUCUCACAGUAGUGGCCUGGAAGCAGCAAAGUCUAAAGUGAAGAGAAACGCUCCCUCACCUCAGUACAUGGCCAUUAUGCCUGGGACACCAGGAGGACAAAACCGAUAUAGUCAAGGAUAUAAGAGGUCGACCUCAGGUGCACAAGCCAAAAAGAAGCUGAAUAAAAAGAAACAUGAAAACAAAGAGCCUGAACUUGUGACAGAGGCUUACAUGGACAGAGAGAGAGACGACGAAGGCUAUCUUGACAACAAGGAGAUGGUGACUGAAGAGGAAAGAGAGACGGAGGCACAGUGGGACGUGGAGGAGAAGGAUGGUGCAACGGAGAGCAAAGAAUACAGUUCAGGCGAUGGCGAUGAGGAGGAAGAGUUUGAGCUGGAGAGGGAGAGAGAGAGACAGGAGAUGGAGAGAGAACGGUUGGAGCUGGAGACGGAACGAGAGGAAGAACUGAAAAGCGAGAGAGAGCGGGAGAGGGAGGCCGAGAUGGAGCAAGAGGAACAAGAGGAGAGAGAGAGACAGUUACAGAGACAGAGACUGGAGUGGGAGAGACAAAGAGAACAGAUGGAGAGAGAGAGGAUGAGAGUGACGAGCAGAGAGGAAGACAUUGAGCCACGUAUUUCCCACUGUGAUUAUCUGAAGGGACCUCCUGGUGAAAAUGGAAAACCAGGCCCUAAGGGGGAGAUUGGAGAAAAAGGCCAAAAGGGAGAACCUGGAACUGGUCAUCGUGGGCCCAUUGGACAAGCUGGUCAAGCAGGACAAAAGGGUGAGCCUGGAGAACCAGGACCAACUGGAGCACAGGGCAUUCAGGGUAUUCGUGGCAACCCUGGCAUCCCUGGGUCAGUGGGUCAAAGAGGUCAGCCAGGUGAUCCCGGAGAGCCAGGCAGACAGGGUGAUAGAGGGAAACGAGGGAAGAAUGGCUCAGCUGGUGCUCAAGGUGCAAUUGGUCCUCCUGGACAGCAGGGUCCUCCUGGUCUUUCCGGGGUUAAAGGUGACAAGGGAGACAGUAUCCCAGGGGAACCAGGAGACAGGGGAAAUUCUGGACUCCCAGGUCGCCGGGGAGCCAAAGGCACUGAUGGCAAUAAAGGACCACCAGGUCUCAUGGGUCCCAAAGGCCUGACUGGUGUGAAAGGAGAAAAGGGUGACAAAGGUAUACCAGGUCACCGAGGAGAGAAAGGCAGCCCUCUCUCCAUGCCAGGUCCCAGAGGAUAUAAGGGUCUAAAAGGAGAUACAGGUGAACGCGGACUUCCUGGAUUUGAUGGAGAUAAAGGAGAGAAGGGUGAAGAUGGUCCGCCUGGUGCAAAAGGGCUCAAGGGUGAAGCCGGUACCAAAGGAGGCAUGGGACCAUUUGGUGCACGUGGUCCAGUAGGACAAAAGGGAGAUCCAGGGGAACCAGGUGCCAAUGGGGAAAAGGGUCGGAAUGGAGAACAUGGACUGGAUGGUGAGAAAGGUGAUAAAGGAGACACGGGUGUGCAGGGCCGUAAGGGAGAUCAGGGUGAGACAGGUGAACCUGGUUUACCUGGAGAUACAGGUAUUAAAGGAGAAAAGGGCUUCAGAGGUUUCCCUGGUCGAAUAGGGAGCCCAGGAUUGGAUGGAGAACAGGGUGAUCAUGGGGACCCUGGUAGGCCUGGCCUUCCAGGGCUAAACGGCCUCCCAGGACGAAAGGGAGAAAAAGGUGAUAGUGGGCUGAAUGGUCUCGAUGGAGCUCCUGGACAGAAAGGAGAGAAGGGUGUGACUGGAUUUGCAGGUUUCUCAGGAUUUAAGGGAUCUCCAGGCACACCAGGUACUAACGGUCCUUCAGGUCGACCCGGACCAGUUGGACCCAAAGGUGAAAUGGGACCGAAGGGAGAGAAGGGCAGAAGAGGCAGAGGAAAGGCCUGUCAGCGGGGACCGCCUGGAAUACCUGGACUCCGAGGCCUGGAUGGGGAAGAGGGAUCCUCAGGCAUAAAAGGAGAAAAAGGAGAUCCAGGACUCAGUGUGGAGGAAGUGAAAGAUCUUGUGACAAAAGAGGUGGUUGACAAGUGUGGAAAAGAAAUCCUGCUGAUGGUGAACACCAAUGAUCCAGAUGAUGGGAGCAUCCUGAGGGAAGAGAAAAAAGUGGAUUCUGCCUCUCGUUUUUUGCUCACCUAUCCCAAAGUGUGGGAUGAAGAGGUGGAGGAUGAAACAACUACAGUUCAUCCUGCUGUUUCCGAGUCCGAGCCAACAUUAGCAUAUGGCAAUGUUACAAAUGCCAAUGCUGAGAGAGCCGGAACGCAGAGAGAAAAGAGACGUGCACUCAAGCUCCACUCAGUGAAUGUAGACUCGGCAGCUGAACUCUGUCUUGAACCCAUGUCUGAGGGCCACUGCACUGAAUACGUCCUGCUCUGGUACUAUUACGCCGUGUCAGGAGAAUGCCGUCCUUUUGUGUACGGUGGCUGUGGAGGAAAUGGGAACCGAUUCAGCUCCAAACAGGACUGCCAGAGUACAUGCAUUCUGGGAAGGAGAGAUUCUGGAUCCUGAAGAAGGAAAAUACAUGCUAUUUUUAACAGCUAAACUGAUGUUAAUUUCACUAAAAAUGCUAUUUUUGUAUAUUUCCCAUAUGUAUAUUAGUUCAUCAUAGCUGUAUAUGGCAAAAACAAUGUUCAUAACUUCCUUAUUCAUCAUGUAUUGCACUUUUGUAGUAAUACAAGGACAUCAACAAAUUCCUAACACAUGAUCUUUACUAUAAGCCAUACAGUUUUGUUGGUAUAAAUAAAAGUGUGAAUGUUGAUUUACAGUUUAAAAAAUGAUUAAUUUAGUUGUUAAAUGCACUAUUAUUAUAAGCAACUGUCCUAUUUACCAUUUUGCACUAAUGGUUCUGUUUGUAAUAUGUUCUUAAUCUGACUGUUUUUAA